GAAAUUCUCCCUUUCUUCCCCUCCCCUCACUCCCUAUAUAUAUAUACAUCUCUCUCCUCAUCCGCCAUUUCUCCUUCCGGAUUUCUGCAUAUCUUCCUUCAUAUUCUAGCUCUCAAAUUUCUCCCUCUGCUGAGGAUUUAGGAUGAAGGACGAUUGGAUUGAAGCUGCGCUGGUCGACGAUGCAGUGGUGGCGGAGAUGCUCUUCCGCCUGAAGCAGUCCCGCAUGUCGCAGACGUCAGAUGCGUGUGUGCCGCCGGCGAUUCAGAAGUCUCUCCGUCUCUCACUUCCGCCUCUCCAAUGGGGGAACCGUCAACCGCGGUCGAAGUCUUCCAUUCACAAGUGGUCCCGGUGCGGUGCUACGGCCGCGCGUAGCCCUAACACGCCGCUGUCGUGGAGCGGAGGUUCAACGUCUCCCAGUGACGGCGGUUGCGAUGAGUCCAGCCGACCGCCUUCCUCCUCCUCCGAUCUGUCGUCUGCCUUCAGAUCCAAGUGUACUGUCACUAAUGAAAUGUGCAACAUUAGCUGUUCCAGUCAAGGAUGUAAAAGGAAAAAAGACAUUCGAUGAGCUGAAGGAAGAGGAGAACUCACUUUUGAAAGAAAGAGUUGACUUGGAGAGGGAUCUGGCUUCCGAGCAUGUCAACCUCAAUCAAGAGAGAGCUAGGAGUGAAAACUUGAAGAAGAUCAAAGUUGAUCUGAAAGUAGAAUCAGGGAAAAACAGUAUAGUUAAGCAAUGUCAUGAACAAGAAACAAUCGUCAAAGCUUCUUCUUAUCAAUGUGAAAACAAGAACUUGUUGAUUGAAUCAACAAAGAAGUUACAUCCAGUCUUGCCGAGACAGGCACCAGAUGAUGAACAGUCUCCAACAGAUUCACAUAGGGAUGACAAAAAAGCAGUAGUGUCAAGAGGUUUCGUCCUGCCCGAUCUUAACAUGGACCCUUCAGAAGAAGAAAUUGAGUGAUAGAAAAAUUCAACAAAUUCUCAAAAAUAUUUCUUCGUCUUCUCUGCAAGCAAUUGAUCUAUAAUCAAUGGCUGAGAUACUGCUGCUGCUUGUACAUUACUACGUACUUCCGUUUUUUUUUUCUCUUUUUAAUAUUCUCCAACUGAGACGAAGUUUCAGAUAUUAUACAGCUCACAGACUUCGGAUUACGCAAGUUCUUUUGGUGCAGUGGAGUUUGUGAGUUGAUCUUGUGGCGAAGGUUGUAGUGUAGAGAACAAAAACAGUUAAUAUGUAGAAAUUUAUAAAUUUUUGCAGGUUUCUGCUUGUUAGAAUUGUUGCUUAGAGACAGUUGAAUAUUUAUUCAUUCUACAUUUCUACUCUGUUUCCGCUUAUGGAACACAGUUUUUUCUUUCUAAUUAGCAUAUGAUUAUUUGUAAAAUUUAGCUGUUACCUUGUUAGGCACCC